AUGGCCUUGUGGCUUCCUUUGACUCUGCUCCUCCUGCAGGUCCCAGGCUGUUUCCUCCUGAGCGGCCCCAGCAAGGUGACCGGCACUGUGGGGGGAUCCCUGAGUGUGCAGUGCAGGUACGAGGAGGAACACGAAACACAUGACAAGUACUGGUGUAGAAGAUCACACGUGCUUCUAUGUGACAAGAUUGUGGAGACCAAAGGCUCAAUGAGAAAAGCAACGAGUGGCCGAGUGACCAUCAGGGUCCAUCCUGCCAGCCUCAGCUUCACAGUGACCUUGGAGAGCCUCACCCUGGAGGAUGAAGGCACCUACUCGUGUGGGGUCGAUAAACCGUGGCUAGAUUCCACCUUCAAGGUUGUGGUGUCUGUGCUCCCAGCCUCAGCCACAGCCACAGCCUCCUACCUUGAGGGUAUCAGAAGCACCGUGGGGCCUCCUCUGUUCCUGUCCAUGCAUACUUGGCACAGCAGCACCAAACAGGACACCUCCAGACCCAGUCCACAGCCUUGGUCCCUGUUCAGCAGCAUUCACUUCCUGCUCCUGGUUUUCCUGAAGGUUCCCCUGUUCCUGAGCAUGCUCAGUGCUGUCCUUUGGGUGAACAGGCCUCAAAGAGGCUCUGGAUGGAGGGACACCAUGAUGAGAUUGCCAACUCUAAAGACCAAAAUAUGAGGCACGUGAUCACAACACUCACCCAGCACAGAUGUCACCUGCACCAGCACAGGUGGGCCGUUGCCGAAGAUGUUAGAUGGUAGAAUUAAUCUACUAUCUUUCUCCAAAGAAGUCUGAAGGACAUCCAGGAUUGGCCAUCUUUUUUUAAAUUUAUUUUUUUAAGUUUAAUUUUUUAUUAGUACACAUUUGCAGUACAUGAAUAAUGAUUACAUUCCCCAUGCGAAGUUGGUACAUGUUCACAAUGCAUCUUAAUUCAUUUUUCAUCCCCCCUCCUUCCCCACUCCCUCCAUCUCUUGCAAAAG